AUGAGAGAACAAGGGGUAACUGAAAACAGAUUGCAUUUACAUAGUUAUAUAACAGGUGCAUUUAGGCCUAGAGUUUUAACUGCAUUGAUGGGAGUACGUGGAAAAACUACAUUAAUGGAUGUUUUAGCAGGAAGAAAAACAUGUGGUUAUAUCAAAGGAGAUAUAAGAAUAUCAGGAUUCCCAAAAGUACAAGAAACAUUUGCAAGAAUCUCUGGAUUUUGUGAACAAACUGACAUCCAUUCUCCCAUAAUCACUGUUCAUGAAUCCUUAAUCUACUCCGCUUUCCUCCGUCUCGUAAAAGAAAUUAGUAAGGUAGACAAAAUGGUUUUUGUACGUGAAGCGAUGGAGUUGGUUGAACUCGACAAUAUUAAGAAUGAAAUGGUGGGACGUCCAAGAGUUAUUGGAUUAUCAACAGAACAAAGAAAGAGGCAAAUUGCAGUUGAAGUUGUUGAAAAUCCUUCAAUUAUUUUCAUGGAUGAACCGACUUCUAGACUUGAUGCAAGAGCUGCCAUUGUUAUGAGAGCUGUAAGAAACACAGUGGACAAAGGAAGAACUGUUGUUUCCACCAUUCAUCAACCUAGUAUUGAUAGCUUUGAAUCGUUUGAUGAGUGGUUGUUGUUGAAAAGAGGUUGAAAAGUUAUCUAUGCGGGACCUUUAGGCAAACAUUCUCAAAGCAUCAUUGAUUACUUUUAG